AGGUGGGGCGGGAUAAGAAUAUUGAGCGUGUGUGUUUGAGAAAGAAAAGAGGAUGUGGCUGAGAGAUUUGGAGCAAAAGGUGAAAGAGUGAAGUAGGAAAGAGACGUGGAAAAUAGAGGAAAUAGAAGGAGGCAACUGCGUUUGUUAUUCUGUGUUGAUGCUUCUAAGUAUUUCCUCUUUAGUUUGCCGUGAGCUUUGGAGGGGAGGUGUGCGAACGGUAGUGAAAAGGGAGGUGCUGUAACCAGCGCACAGUCAGAGGCAGGGCGAGUCAGGCUGUGUGUUCACAGGCGAGCUGAGGGGUCGCGCCUGCCUACCCCUCCCCUUCCCUCGCCUCCCAGCACCCACCCGGGCUGCAACCACACUCUCUCAGUCAGUCGGAAAGCAGCAUGGCGAAGUGGAAGGCGGCGGGUUCGCACAGCUCGGGACAGCAGCCGCGGUGGAGCGCUAGCACUUGUCCCUCCCCGCCAGCACUGCUACUUUUGGGACUCCAUCUAUUUAUUACGGCCUGUGUGCGCCUGGCGGAGGGGACGACAGAAGCAUUUAUCCAACCAGAAAACAUAAUUGAAAUACUACACUUUGGUGAAGGAGGCUUAUUACAGGCGGAGUCUGACAUGGGCCUCAGUUCAUAUCAACAGAAAAUUUCCUCCAUUCAUCGACGUAAUUGCAGACCUAUCCGGUUUGAACCACCAAUGUUGGAUUUCCACGAGCAGCCAGUGGGAAUGCCAAAAAUGGAGAAAGUAUACUUGCACAACCCCAGCACAGAAGAAACAAUCAUAUUAGUAUCGAUAUCAGCAACAACAUCACACUUUCAUGCAUCAUUUUUUCAAAAUAGGAUAAUCCCUCCAGGAGGAAACACGUCUUUUGAUGUAGUUUUUCUUGCAAGAGUAGUGGGAAAUGUAGAAAAUACUUUAUUUAUUAAUACAUCACUUCAUGGUGUAUUUACAUACCAGGUGUUUGGUGUUGGAAUACCUAAUCCUUACCGUUUGCGCCCAUUUAUAGGGGCAAGAGUUCCAGUAAAUAGUAGUUUUUCACCUUUAAUAAAUAUACACAACCCUCACAGUGAACCUUUACAGGUAGUUGAAAUGUAUUCAAGUGGAGGAGAUCUGCACUUGGAACUUCCAACAGGUCAACCAGAAGGCCCUAGAAAAUUAUGGGAGAUUCCACCUUAUGAAACAAAAGCUGUAAUGCGAGCCAGUUUUUCUUCAAGAGAAGCAGAUAAUCACACAGCUUUUAUCAGAAUAAAAACAAAUGCGUCAGACAAUACAGAGUUCCUUAUUUUACCUGUGGAAGUGGAAGUUACAACAGCACCUGGAAUUUACUCCUCAACAGAAAUGUUAGAUUUUGGUACAUUACGAUCUCAAGAUCUUCCAAAAGUUUUAAACCUUCAUUUAUUAAAUUCAGGAGCAAAAGAUGUACCGAUAACAAGUAUUAAACCAUCUUCACCAAAUGAAGCUGUUACAGUAGACUUUAAGCCAAUUACACUGAAGGCAUCAGAAACAAAAUAUACCAAAGUUGCAAGUAUUAUAUUUGAUGCUUCAAAAGCAAAAAGAACGUUGCAGUUUUCUGGGAAAAUAACUGUGAAAGCUAAAGAAAAAACUUACUCAAAACUUGAAAUUCCAUACCAGGCAGAGGUGUUAGAAGGGUACUUGGGAUAUGAUCAUGCAGCAACACUCUUUCAUAUCAGGGACAGUCCAACAGAUCCCGUGGAGAGGCCAAUAUAUCUAACAAAUACGUUCAAUUUUCCAAUUAUUAUACACAAUGUUUCUUUGCCGGAGGAUGCAAAGACAAUGUUCAAGAUUAAAAACUUCAGCACACCGGUUUCUGUUCCGCCACACAAAGCACUCUAUAUAUUCUCUCUCCUUUUCACGGCAACCACUUCCUCCAUUCAUAUAGACAGCAACAUCCUGCUCAUUACAAAUGCAUCCAAAUUCCACCUGCCCGUGCGAGCCUAUACAGGGUUUUUAGAUUACUUUGUACUUCCUCCAAGUUUAGAGGAGCGCAUCAUAGACUUUGGUGUUUUGAGUGCCGUAGAAGAAGGGAAUAUUAUUUUUAUCAUAAUGAACAGCAAUCCAAUUGAGCUGGCAGUGAAAGCCUGGUAUGUAGUAGGUGAUGGCCUUAGCAUUGAGCUUCUCAUUGUAGAGAAAGGCAACAAAACCACAAUAGUUUCCAGCCUAGCUGAUUUAGAAAAGUUAUCUUCAACAGAACAGUCUUCUGUGAUACUAGCUUCAGGUUAUUAUGCAGUGUUUAGAAUGAAAUUGACUGCAAAAGAACUUGAAGGGCCAUAUGAUGGAGCUAUACAGAUUACAACUGAUUAUGAGAUUUUAACUAUCCCAGUGAGGGCACUUAUUGCUGUGGGCUCGUUGGUUUGCUCACCCAAACACAUUGUUCUUCCAUCUACAUUUCCAGGGAAGGUAGUUCAUCAUAGUUUAAAUAUAAUGAGUUCCUUCUCACAGAAGGUGAAACUGCAAAAUAUACGUUCUCUCACAGAGGAUGUGCGAUUCUACUACAAGAGAAUGAAAAGUAACAAAGAUGAUUUGGAAUCAAAAAAGAAGUCCAAGAUAGCAAAUAUUUAUUUUGAUGCUGGUUUACAAUGUGGGGAUUAUUGUUAUGUAGGAUUGCCAUUUUUAUCUAAAUCGGAGUUGAGAAUGCAGCAUAGUCUCGCAAUGCAAGAUGAUGCUUGGGAUGCAGACUGGGAUUUGUAUAAAAACUUGUACAAAAAAUGGGCAGAACUUAAAGAAACCUCAGGGCACAAGGUGGAUGCUGUUUUUGAAGUAGAUACAGACCUUCAGAAAAAUGUUCAAGCUGUGAUCUCAUCAGAGCUUGUGUGGCCAUCAUUGGUCAAUGCAACACAUUUAAUUUUCCCACUCACAAACACAAAUAAUACUUCAGAACAAGAACUAAUUUUAGAAAAUCCAGCAGAUGUACCUGUAUUUGCUCAACUUCUUCCUUUAGCAUUGUAUCCCAAUCCUUCAAUUGUUGCAGAUGUGUUAAUGGAAAGGCUUCACCUAGGCAAGCAAGCAAAUCUAGAUACAAAGACAUUUGAAUUUAAGAUUGUCAGUAAUCACACAUCCUCUGUUAAAAGUUCUUCGGGAUUUGUGGAAGGUUCUUCUCGGCAGUAUGUAUUAAAUGUAAUUCUAAAGCCUGGUGAAAGAAGAGCUGUAACAGUGAAGUUUGCACCAGUUCACAACAGAACAGUGAUGUCUUUAAUUAUUAUAAGAAACAAUCUGACAGUAGUGGAUGCAGUGGUGGUACAAGGACAAGGAACAACAGAGAGCCUGAAGCUGGCAGGGAAGCAUCCUGGUCCUGGAAGUUCUUUACGCUUUAAAAUUAAUGAAGUUUUGCUUAAAGAUUGUUCAGAUAAAAUGAAAAUGAGAGAGCCAAACUUCACGUUGAAGAGAAUUUUUAAAGUAGAAAAUACAGGACUGCUUCCAGUCUUUGUCAAGUCUAUGGAGAUCAGUGGAUACAUCUGUGAAGGAUACGGCUUCAAAGUUGUAAACUGUCAAGAGUUUGCACUAAAACCAAAUGCCUCUAAAGAAAUUAUUAUAUUGUUUACACCAGAUUUCACUGCCUCCAGAGUUAUCCAUGAAUUAAAACUCAUUACAGCAGGAGGUUCCGAAUUUGUGUUCGUAUUAAAUGCAUCCCUUCCUUAUCAUAUGUUGGCAACAUGUGCAGAGGCCCUGCCUAGACCCAACUGGGAACUAGGACUGUACGUGAUCAUCUCAGGAAUAAUGAGUGUCUUGUUCCUUUUGGUCAUUGGAACAGCUUACUUAGAAGCUCAAGGAAUAUGGGAGCCCUUCAAAAGACGUUUGUCUUUAGAGGGGUCCAAUCCUCCCUUCGACGUAGGAAGGACAUUCGAUCUCAGGAGAAUAGUUGGUAUUUCAUCAGACGGAAAUUUAAAUGCACUUGGAUCAGAAUCAAAUCACAGUUCUUCAAGAGGAGUAUUUGGAGGAGGUGGUUCUUCAAGACCCAGUGUAGCCAACCACAAACAAUUAUCUGCUGCAUCACAGUUGCACAGCAACAGAAACUCUUUAGACUUUGAAAGUCCAAAACUGAAAAAUUUUGGAAACAACUCAAAUAGUACUGGUAGGACAUCUACCCUCACAGCUUCCCUCACAACCACAAAAACAAAUACCCUUGCCUCUGAGGCAAAUCCAUCCCACGGCCAGGCGAACAGACGGUCAAAAACAUCCAGACAGUUUCACCAAACACACCAGCAACAGAGCCCGGCACAAGCGGAACUUCAGUCAUUGCCACAAUUACCAGCAGUGCCUCAGCCACAGGAGCAGCAUAAUGAGAACACUGUGUCACAUCCAUCGCCUCCUGUUGCAUCAUGUACAGAAAAUGUAAAUACAAGGCACAGCUCGGAGGAUUCUGAUAUCACUGGUCUUGGAGAUGCAGUGGACAGAGAAUGUGAACUACCUGAAUCCCCAUCACCAGAAGUUUUUACAGAACAGCCUCCAUCGCCCACAUCAAAAAAUAAAGGGAAAGUAAAAUUACAGCGCAAAACUAAAGCACAGAAAAAACGUGAAGAGAAAGACAAACGGGUAAAAGGAAAACCACUGGAGGAUGAAUUAAAAGAUGCAGAUAAUGAAGACAGCUCAUCCACUACCACUGAAACAUCCAAUCCAGAUGUUGAAUCACCCCUCAAAGAGUCUCCAGAUUCGGAUAAGAAAAAAGGGAAAACAAUGUCAUCUGUCAAAGAGAAAGAUGAUGCAGAUGUAUUUCAGAUGUUGAAGUAUAAAGGAAAGAAAUCCCUAGGAAAUAUCAAAAAGGAAACCCAGAAUGACAUUAAAUCAAGCUCUCUAGAAUUGCCAUAUACUACUCCAUUAGAGAACAAACAGCGCAAAACCUUUCCAACCAAAAUGCCAUCAACAACGUUGACAAAUUGCCCCAAGCCAAGGAACAUGCCAAAAAGAGUGCCUGGUAAACUAGUAGAUGGCAGACCAUCACCACUAGUCAAGUUUAUGUCAAGUGGUUCUGGCCAAGAAAUGGGAAACAGCAGCAGUUCAGAGGGAGAGAAAGACUCUCCACCACCCGAAUGGGACAUUGUACCUGUUCCCAAGUCUAGUAGCAGUUCAGACAGUCUUCAGCAGCUCUCGAUCCAGACUCUUAAUGCCGAUGUUUUCCUGAAGAGACAAAGUUCACCUAUGCCUGGACCUCCAUCUCCUCCACCUGUGUCAUCACAUAAUUUAAUUUUCCGUGCUCCCAGUUACAGUAGCAUUGUCAACAAUGGUGAUUGUAGUAAACCAACAAGUAGUGGCAAAUCCAAAAUCACAAAAACACCCUCUCUCCCUGGGAAAAAUGGCAACCCGACUUUUGCUGCUGUGGCUGCAGGUUACGACAAGAGUCCAGGUAGCACUGGUCCACUGAAAGCACCCUUGAACAAAACAGAAGCCUGUGGCAACAUUCCUUAUUGUUCUGGUGUUGCUUCUUUUGACAGUGAUGAGUCAGAUACCAGCUCCAGUUUGCUGAGUCCAUGCAGUAUUAAUGCCAGCAGCACUUCGGACUUUGCUCCUCCCAACUCGUUUUCAGCUUUUGGACCAAGCAAUUCUUUCAACCUUACUGGAGAAGUCUUCAGCUCACACGUACUUUCAAGAGCAGCCUUUGUCAAUCACGAAGUUGGCCAUAAUUGGCUUGAUUACAGCUCUCCGUCUACGUCGAUUUGGGACGCACCCAGUGAUGCCUGCAAUAGCUGGCCAACCAGUACCGUCUCUCCGACUCACUCAACUCCAUCGAUCCUUUUGGGUAACUCCAACAACAGCCUCUGGUCCACCACUCCCUUCAGCAACCCAAUCUGGUCCACCUGUCGAGACAACAGCCUGACUUUCAACACUCCCACAAGCAACAACUCAAUGGCAAGCGUUGAUCUUAUAGGAGGAGAGAACCCAACACCUGGCCAAAUAGAAGACCUUGGGCGAAUGUUUGAUCCCUGGAAGAACCUCGAUAAUAUUUGGAGACCCACCCCUGGAAGGCGAAGUUCUGAUCCCUGGUCAAAUAAUUCUAACUUCCCCCAUGAGAACUAAUGUGUUGAUGUCUGCAGUUGUAGGUGAUGCACAGAACUUGACUACAAGCACAGUAUGACACCGCUUAAAGUGGAAUGUUGAUGAAGCUGAACCUUGUUGUCCAGAAACUCUUCUCUCAAAUUCCUUUGCACAACUUCAGCAUACAAUAAAGUGAAGCUGCACAAAGAAAUUUGUGAGCAGGUGUUCCUGGUGCAGGGAUCCAGUUCUCAGCCAUAACUUAUCACUAUUUUCGCUUCCUGCCACGUGAUUAUAAUUCGUAUCCGCUAUAAAGAAUUCAAUCCAAACAGUAAUUAUGGUUUGAGAGAUUUCUGUUGCGGUUGCAACAGAUGGCUUCGUUCGUUCACAUGCUCAAGUUUAAGAAGCAAAUCACUGCAAUAUCUGGUCAUCCUGUAUGUUCAGUGAAAUACAUCUUAAAUUUAUUUUCAGUUUAAAGAAUGAGACGUAUUACAUCCCAAAAAAAGCAUUGCAAUGUGUUUUUAAGAUAAUGGAGAUAAUGGAUUUCUCUACCAGUAUUAAGUUCCAAGUUCAGCUGUUUUUGUGAGGACAAGAGUUAAUGGAACCCUUUGUUUUUAAGAUGCAAAGUGGAUGUUUUAGAAAUGGGAAUGUGUUGGUAAGUGAUAAGUUAUAAUUAUGUAUCCAGCAUUUUGACUUUCAUUUGUAUUUAAAAGGGCAAUGGAAUCAUAAAGAUUAUGGCAGUGCAUUUGGAGACUGAAAGCUGCAUUCAGUUUUUCCGGUUUUCCUUUUGUCAUCAUAAUGAGCUUCACAAUGUCUGCUGGUCGCUGUUUACUCUGGAUGGAGCACGCAGACCCAAAGUUUAUGGAAGCAGUGAGAUCUCACUUUGUGUUCUUUGAUUGAAACACAAUUCUCUGGGUUGUACUUUUUGAGAUAAAUAAAGUUUUUCAGA